UUGUGUUGCUAAGCGGCGCUUUCCACUACCGCUAACCCCGUCCUGCCAAGAGACGCUAGGAGUAAUAUAGUGCGAAUUUACGCCGAAUUAUGGCAUCGACGCCUUUGAAACGUGUGCUUAUUUUUUGUUGAAUCACUUGUCAUUUAGCGUGAACUUUCAAAGUCGUAAUUACUAAUGUCAAAGAGGCAGACGAUGCUAGUCAGUUAGCCCCGGGGUUGUCGCUAGCUGGCUAAGGAAGUUAGCCGGUUAGCUAGCGAGCCGCGUCAGCUCGCCGGAGGCUGAUAUCUCGUUUCGCGCAUUUCAAAACCUGUUCGCCGACCUCCGUAACGGGUUACACCGACUCCCUGAACGAAAACGAAAUAUUCUACGUAUGGCAACGCACCAAAGGGAAGACUUAAAAUGUAUAUAAGUCGCUUGUAAAAUGAAGAGAUAGCAUUGUUUCUGCUGCUCGGCUAGUUUUCCUCUGAACGCCGCUCUUUUGUUUUGACAAAGGAAGAGGACUUGAGUUUCUCUCUUUUUAAACAUCUUUUGGUUUUUUUCAUCAUACAUCUGCUUGUGGGACAGUUUAGUUUGUAGUUUCUUGUCGGUAAUGGCUCCACAGAAGCAGAGCCUCCCGGCGGGGUUUGGUUCUGGGGUGUACCCGCCGUCCUCCUCCGCGGCGGCUGCAGCGAAGAAGCCCAACAUGCAACUCGUUCAAGCCGACCACGAGUUGUUCCUGCAGGCCUUUGAGAAGCCAACCCAGAUCUACAGGUUCCUCCGCACCAGGAACUUGAUCGCUCCCGUAUUCUUGCACAGGACGCUCACCUAUAUGUCCCACCGAAACUCAAGGAAUAACGCCAAAAGGAAAAGCUCCAAGGUUGACAAUCUGCUGUUCAAAGUGGAGAAGAUGAGAGGAGAACCGGAGACUCACAGCUUAGCCUCUAAUCUGCAGCUCACCUUCACCGGCUUCUUUCAUAAAGAUGGGAAGCCGUCUCAGGACUGUGAGAACGAGCAGAACUCUGUUUCUCUGGAGGUGCUGCUGGUGAAAGUUUGUCACAAGAAGAGGAAGGAUGUGAGCUGCCCGGUGAAGCAGGUCCCCACAGGGAAGAAGCAGGUUCCCCUGAACCCAGACACGAGAGCUGGAGUCCAGGCCAAGCCGGGCUCCUUCCCCUCCCUGCUGGUUCCGAGCAGCGAGUUUGAACCCAGCAACUCUCACAUGGUCAAGUCCUACUCGCUGCUCUUCAGGGUGUCGAGGCCAGGGUGCUCCUGGACGCAGAGCAACGGCCUGACCAACGGAGAGAAUCACCACAACAGAGAUUUUACAGAGGAAGUGAUCAACAGGAAAAGGAGGAGCUCCUCUCUCAGGGACGAGGGAGAAACCACAUUUGUGGCCCAGAUGACAGUCUUUGAUAAAAACAGACGUCUGCAGUUGUUGGAUGGGGAGUACGAGGUGUCUAUGCAAGAGAUGGAGGAGUGUCCGGUCAAUAAGAAGAGGGCGACCUGGGAGACCAUCCUGGACGGAAAGCGUCUGCCUCCGUUCGAGAGCUUCUCUCAGGGUCCCACCCUCCAGUUCACGCUGCGCUGGACCACCGACUCCUCCGACCGCUCCACGGCCCCCGUGGCUAAACCUCUGGCCACCCGCAACUCUGAGACCAACCAGGACAGCAGACCCAGCACCCUGAGAGCCACGCAAACAAACGAUGUUAAAGAAACCGUAAACACCGACGUGCAAACCAGGAGAGAACUCAUCUCAGCGGAUCCACGGCAGAAACUACGCAUCUUCUACCAGUUCCAGUACAACCACAACACGCGGCAGCAGACCGAGGCCAGAGACGACCUCCACUGUCCGUGGUGCACGCUGAACUGCAGGAAGCUCUACAGUCUGAUCAAACACCUCAAGCUGUCUCACUCCCGCUUCAUCUUCAACUACGUGCCUCAUCCUAAAGGAGCCAAGAUCGAGGUCUCCAUCAACGAGAGUUACGACGGAUCGUACGCAGGAAACCCUCAGGACAUCCACAACCAGCCGGGCUUCGCCUUCAGCAGGAACGGCCCGGUGAAGAGGACGGCGGUCACGCAUGUUCUCACCUGCAGAGCCAAGAGGACGAAGCCGAGUCUGUCUGAGUUUCUGGAGUCGGAGGACGGCGAUCAGGAGCAGCAGAGGACGCUCAUCAGCGGUCACAAUCGCCUCUACUUCCACAGCGACAGUUGCGUGCCGCUGCGGCCUCAGGAGAUGGAGGUGGACAGCGAGGACGAGGGAGAGCCCGACUGGCUCCAAGAGAAGACGACUAAGCAAAUCGAGGAGUUCACUGACGUCAACGAGGGGGAGAAGGAGAUCAUGAAGCUGUGGAACCUCCACGUCAUGAAGCACAGCUUCAUAGCCGACAACCAGAUGAACCACGCCUGCCUGGUGUUUGCCGAUCAUUACGGCGAACACAUCGUCAAGCACGACCUCUGCCGCAACUUCCUGCUGCACAUGGUCAGCAUGCACGACUUCAACCUGGUCAGCACGCUCACCAUCGACAGGGCCAUGGCCAGACUCCGCCUCCUCGGCACCGAGAGAGACACACACAGAGGGGAGGACGAGGGAGAGGAAGAGGAGGAGGAGGAGGACUGGGAGACGGCUGUGGAGUCGCAGCCCGAGCCCGAUCCGGAUCCAGAUCUCGAUCCGGUCGAGUACAAACCCUGCAGCGAAGAGACUAAUCAGGGCUGCCUGAAGACCGGAAACCAGCAUCAGGAGGAGAAGGAGGAGGGAGGAGCUGUGACCAGCAGGCCCAUAACCGAACGGAAACGCUCUCAAUCUGAUUCGGAUUCUAAAAUGCUAAAUGCUAAGUCGGAAAUCCAGGAAGAUCUGUGAGCAGGACUUUUUGAUCUAGAAAACAGAGCUGGGAGUCAUGAAUCUACGGUCUACAUCUCUGCAGGGAUUUUAUUUUGAAGGGCAGAAACACGAUGAAGUCGCUAGUUUUCUUUUUCUUUUCUUUUUUUUUUUACAAAUUUAAAUCCAAGAGAGGCUUCAGAGGCAUUUCUCAAAAUUUCAAAUCUGGAAAGAAUUAGAAAAAACUGAAGCGAAAUCUUUAAAUCUUUUGUAAUUUUCUUUGUAUUGUGUUCUAGAUAUAACCGGCUCAAAACUCCAGUUGCCACAUCCGGUCCUCUUUGAGGUCAACCCAUCAGGUUAUUAACGACCAACAUUACAGGACAAAUCCAGAAUCAGUUCAGCUUUCAGUCUGGGGACGGAUUUGCAGACAGGUGUGUUUUUAACUUCAUCCGACAUAAUCUGGGGUCCAAAAAGUUUAUUAAAUGCUGCGUCAGAUUGCUUCUCUUUCCUCUCAUUUAUCAACCACACUUUAACAAAAAGGUCUGAAACUGUAGAGAACCUUUCUGUAUUAUUGUUCAGAUGACUAGUAAAGUCCAUCAGUGCCACAAACAGGAAGUUGUUUGAUCAGUCGCAGGUCACCAUGGGGAGAAUGUAGCGACCUGUUUCACUUCUGCAGGCUGAAGAAAUCUGCUGCAGCUUUUCCAAAACGUUCUGUCUCUAAUCUAAACUAAAGAACGGAUCAUUUCCUUUGUGUUUUUGUUUUUCUGGACCUGAAGCACCCGUCAGUUGGACUUUGCUGCACCAAAGGUUUUCUUUAUUACUUAACUAUUACCACAGUUAUUGAUCACACAUACCGGUACGGUUCUUCAGGGCUCUGAUCGAGCAGCUUGUACAGUUUCUAUCUCUCAGUCUUCUUACAUUUUCUGAACAACAACAGUGGACACGAAGAGGCCAGAACUCUGCCGCAGUGUCGCCCUCUAAUGUCCAUCUGAUCUCUGGUAUGUAUAGACAGAAGGGCUGUCAGCGGUAAAGCGUUAACUACCAGACGGCUCAGCUGAUGAGUCAAAGGUCAUAUCGACCUCAUGACUUCAAUCGUUUCAUUUUUUUACCGUUGACUCGAGCCGUUUUAUUUACUUUAACAUACAUGACAAGUUCCUUUUCCCCGUUUAAGUUAAUGUCAUAGCCUUCUAUCCUUAUUUCAAAAUAAAAGCAGGUUUAAAUCCAUACCACAAGUUAGAUAUUCUUAUUUUAUUUCAAAAUAAAAGCAGGUUUAAAUCCAUUCCAGAAGUUAGUUAUUCCUUAUUUUAUUUCAAAAUAAAAGCAGGUUUAAAUCCAUUCCAGAAGUUAGUUAUUCCUUAUUUUAUUUCAAAAUAAAAGCAGGUUUAAAUCCAUACCAGAAGUUAGAUAGUCCUUAUUUUAUUUCAAAAUAAAAGCAGGUUUAAAUCCAUACCACAAGUUAGAUAUUCUUAUUUUAUUUCAAAAUAAAAGCAGGUUUAAAUCCAUUCCAGAAGUUAGUUAUUCCUUAUUUUAUUUCAAAAUAAAAGCAGGUUUAAAUCCAUUCCAGAAGUUAGUUAUUCCUUAUUUUAUUUCAAAAUAAAAGCAGGUUUAAAUCCAUACCAGAAGUUAGCUAGUCCUUAUUUUAUUUAAAAAAUAAAAGCAGGUUUAAAUCCAUACCAGAAGUAAGAUAGUCCUUAUUUUAUUUCAAAAUAAAAGCAGGUUUAAAUCCAUACCAGAAGUAAGAUAGUCCUUAUUUUAUUUCAAAAUAAAAGCAGGUUUAAAUCCAAACAAAGAAGAAAAGUAUCAUUGACUUAAGACAGUAAAGACCUUCAAAAUAAAAGCAAAAAGAACUCGUUUGAAAUGCAAAAUAAUGGAUUUAAACAUGUGAUUAUUCCCCGAUUAUCUACAUAUUAUCGUUUGACAGCCCUGACAGAUCGUUUUAUAUUUAUUACUCUGCUCGUUUUCUAAGGACUUUCCGUAAGUGAAAAAUCACCUCAGACCAGUGUUUUCAGAAUUCUGGAUCAGCCCUCGACUUAAGUAAUCCAAUUUAAGGAUCUUUAUGUCUUUUACACUUCAUUUCUUUAUGCACAUUCAGACACGAACACCUCCGCUGCAGGUUUCAUCUCUGGUGCUAGAAGCCUCGCUGCUCCUUUUCUGACAGCGAUCACAGACGCAUUCUGACUUCAUCAAAAUCUGUCUCGGGAUUUUUUCCUCCUCCUCUUCUUCAGGAACAACAAGGCCCCGCCCCCCUUUUAAGAGGCCACAACCGAAGGGGCAACAUUUUUUGAUUUUGAAAGUUCGGCGAUGCAAAACUUUCUGUUAUCAGUCUCGGUCAACGUGUGGAAGUAAAGUCUCUGUACAGGUUCAGUUGAGAAGUGAAGAUCGGUUUGAUUUUAGGUUCAGCACUCACCAACCAGCAAGUUUUUCUUUUUUUUUUUUACAAGAAGACGAUCUACAGAAAUGGACUCUUCAGGUGCUUUGUAAAAAAAAAAAUGUCUGCCUUUAUUUGAACUAAGGGCUGCAUUGAGUAAUUAUCUGUAUAAUCAAUUAAUCUGUUACACUUAGAAAUGUUUAUAAAAUGUGUAAAUAAGUCCCUUCAGAUUCCCAGAGUCCUAAAGCAUUGUCUUCAUAUUGCUUCUCUUUCUUCCCAAAACAUACAAAAUCACCUUUCUUUACUGACCUAGAGGAAAAGCGAGGAGGCAAACCUGCACAUUUCUGAAGCUGGAAUGGACAUAAACUUGAUAUUUUCAUCUAGAAACUGACACCAACACGGAAAAAUUCAACUCUGAUCUGUUUAUUAUCUCUAUAAGAAUCUUUGACGACAAACAUUAAGGUCUCUGGGAACCACUACUCUUCUAUUUCUCUGCUUAGUUACCUAAUUGAUUAUUUGAGAAAUGAGUCAUGCAAUUUAAAAAAAAAAAAAAAAAAAGCUGCUUGUGCACGUUCAGAGGAGGCGGAGCCCGCACAGCACACACAUCCAGGUGAAAACAUCGACACAAGGUUGAUUUUUAUAGAUUUCUCUGCAGGUGUUUGGUUUAUUUCUCCCUCUCAUUUUGGUUCUGCACCUUACGCUGUCAAAGUCAAACCCUGUGAGAUGAAACCAGCGUAUUGAUUAGGAUUGUCUGAAAACCUGAGCACCACCUGGCAGGUUUAGUAGUUCAGUAUUUCACACACCAAAGGGGAUCGUUUCGUUGCAGAUUUCUUCUCGCCUCUCCGGUUUAGUUUUGUAAAUAAGUUGUAAAGCUUUCACUGCCUGGACGGGAUCUCAAGUUUCAGUGAGACCGAAAGCACAACAUCCACAUGCUGGGGUUUUAGUUUUUUUCUUUGCUGCAUGUUGCAAACUUCUUUUUUGUUUGCAGUGAGAUCCUGCAGCAGUCAGGACGGACGUUCCUGCUGGGACUGAAGCAGAAAGAAUGAAGAGGUCCGAUCUGAAGUGUUGGAUUCAUUUGUGACUCUUUUAAAGCUUUACAUCAGUUUGAAGGAUGUUGUUUAGGACGUAGACAACGCAAUGUUUCUCCUGAUCUUUGUUUGACUUUAUUCUUUCACACGAGACCAGCAGCAUUUUGCACAAAAUGGGAGGAGCCAUGUCAGGAAUACAGAAACUUUCUCUUCAACGAUUUAUGUAAAAAAAAAAAACAGCUUUGAUGAACGGGAACGUUUUGAGUCGAGUCAAAAUGGUUUUCUAUUAAAAGAUCAACUUUGUACCAUUA